AUGUGUGACGGGGGAAAGAUGGCGGCGGCCAUGGUACAAAUGUCAUGUUUGUAUCGUGGGAUGUUAGCGGUCAGAGCAACUGGCAUCCGACCCCUUAUUCCAGGACUUGUGCCAUCUCAGUUCAGGGCGUUUUCGAUCAAGAAAGACCCGGAGUUAGAAGGAAAUCCCUAUUAUACUAAAUAUGAAGAGAAGAUCAAGAAGCUAAGGAGCUCAAAACCUCAAGAAUAUAAAGCCCGAUUGGAGAUGCGCAGUGACAUGAAGACUGAGCCGCUUGGAAACUCCAGACAAGCAGAAUAUGUGAAGUACAUGGAGGAGGAGUUGUCUAAACGAGGUGAAGCAGGUUCUGGCGGCUUCACCAAAGAUAAGUCAUUAGGAUCAAUUCUCAACCUUGAUAGGGUUCAGGACAAAUCUGGAACUGAAAUUGGAGAGCUUUGGAUGCAGUACUUCUCAAAGAAAGACACAAUUAGUGCAGUAAUACCAGGUUCAACAUUUGAAAUACUUUUUGGCCGUGCCAAAUCAAACCCGAUGUUUCUAUAUGCUUUGCCCCAGGAAGAGGGCUAUGAAUUCUUUGUCGGCCAAUGGGCCGGUCAUGAGCUGCACUUCACAUCAUUGAUUAAUGUCCAGACUAAGGGAGAGAAUGCACCCAGUCAGCUAAUUUUAUACCAUUACACGGAUCUGCAGAAGGACAAGGACAUUGUGCUAAUGACUGCUGAGAUGGAUGGCAAAUUUGUGACUGUCCACCAGGCGCAAUGCUUGGCCAAUCAGGUGCAGCUGUUUUACGGAUCACAGCGGCAUGAGACUUUCCGAUUGGUCGAGACCUUCAACCACAAACCAGCAGAGUUUAAACACAUGUCUGUAAUAGCAGAACUAGAACAGAGUGGAAUAGGAUCUGGAGUCACCACAAAUUAACAACCUCUCUAAAGGCAAUAACGUUUAUAUGGUUGCCAAAUGUGAACUUUUGACUUUUUGUGUGAAAGAGCCGCUCUUGAAAACGUAUUUAGUGGAUCUCUCGGCUACAACUUGAGAGAAAACCAUGCUCACACUGAUACAAUUUGAUCAACAAGAUAUGAGUUAAAGAGACUCAUGAGAUUCAUAUAUCAUGCUCAUUUGCUGCCAUGUAUGCAGAUUUGUUAACCCAAACCCUUACAUUUUUAAUGCAUACUGCGUGUACCAUAGGCCUAACAGGCCUUAUAAUACCGUAUGUAUAAUACUGUGGUUGUUUGAUCAUAUGUUAAUUCUGUGUUUGACAUGCAAAAAUGGAAAUGAAUAUGAAGGUAUUAUGGAGAGAUAUGUUGCAUUUCGUAUUCUCUAUAUGUUUGUGCAUUUGCUUAAUCCAUCAACAUUACUGAAAGUGAAUCAGAUUACAUUCGAUAUAAGCGUGAAUAGCAUUGAUGUAAAUACAACCUUGACCUGUUGAGUAUGAAUAUUAAAUGGAUCUGAAUUUACCCCUGGGAAAUAUCUGUGUUCCUAUUUCCAUUGUGGUGUAAUUCAUUAUAAAAAAGAUGCUUUACACUUUGGAUGGAUGUGUCGAGUUAGUCGACACAUACAUCCAAAUAAGAAGCUGUUGUUUUACUCCAUUUUUGAUAAUCUAUACCGUAAGCAUUUAAACUCAGUGCUGAAUUACUUUAAAGGAUUUUUUCUGGUCAGUUAAGCUCAAUCGACAGCAUUUGUGUCAUAAUGUUGAUUAUCACAGCAAUUAAUUUAAUCUCGUCCCUCCUUUUAAUAAA